GUCUAAUCCACUUACAUCAAAUGAUACUAUUUUAAUAUAAUAGCAUGAAUAUAAGUAGAUGUUCAGCUUGCUAAUGUAAUGCUUGCUCCACAUUCCUCUCAUGCUGGCCCUUGCAAUAAACAUAUGUCUGCUAUUAACAUCAAAUUUUCAUUUCUUUGCAGAAUCCAGCUUUGUAUUCAGCAGGAGCAGUGUUAGGUAUAAAGCAAACUCUUUCCUUAAGCUUUCUUUGUUUGUUUGUUACAGGAAAGGAGUUGGUGGACUUGGAAAAUGCACUCAUGCAAGUGGUCUACUGUUUGCUGUCGAGGACUUCACUCGGAGAGGUCUGAAGAACCACCCAACCCCGCUAGCAUGCACAGCGAGACUCUCCAUUUGGAAUGUGCCUCGUAAUGACAAGGUCGAGCCACAACCCCUUCGGAGGAUACACAUUCACAAGAUCCGUUAUGGGAAGAUACCAAGAACAGCCACCUCCUCACAGUACGACCCCCGAGCCGAGCAUCAAAGACAUCUUGACCCCGCCAAACUCAGUACUCUACAAGACACACUCAGAAACUCUCUUCCCAACUCCAUGUUUCACCUUUUCCACGACAACAUUGAAGACAACACUCCGGAAACCCACGAACCUCCACAACCCUUCAGUGACACAUACGACAUAGCCUCAGAACAGUUCCAGCAGAUGAUACACCACAGAAUGACGAGUAUGAACAUCUCAGAAGAACAAAGAAACACUAUAGAGCAGAAAACCCGAGGACAGUCCACAAGUAGCACAUGGAUGGAAAGUAGAAAGGAGAAACUCACAGCCUCAAACUUUGGACCAGCUAUUACAUGUCGGGUGGAGCCAUCAAAGAAACUUCAUUCUAUGCUCUAUUCCAACUUCACAACAGCAGCUACAGCAUUUGGGAACAAGAAUGAGGAGGUGGCGGUGGAGAAAUACGUCAAGACAAAGCGGGCCAGUGACCCACAGACUUGGCAUGGGUCGACUUUGUAGUGUACCUUGGUAACGACCAGGAUCUGUUUAUCGAACGGAUAUAUGUCGACAAUGCUUGGCAGACGAGGAACCUUCCACGGUUAGACUACUUCUACAAGAUGGCCAUAUUACCAGAACUUGUAACUAGGAGAGUGCGGAGGGGGGUUACACUCUACGAGAAAGGGGGGUGGAAACCAUACAAGGAGUAAUUUCAUCAUUUAUAUUUCAGUAUCUCCUUUACUAGGUUACAGAUUUUCCAUAUACCAGUCUAAUAGUAAUAGGUAAAUUAGUCAUGUUGACACCAAAAUGUAUGUAUCAUUACUACACACCUUAUUGUGAACUUAGAUGAACAGAUCCUACAAAGAACUGUGUGCACAUGGAAUUUAUAGGUCUGUACACCAAUGUAAAUACAUGUAAAUUAAACCUCCAUGUCUGUAUAUACACAUAAUUUAAAUACAUGUACAUUAAACCUCCAUAUCUGUAUAUACAAAAAUGUAAAUACAUGUACAUCAGACCUCCAUGCCUGUAUAUAC